GAAAAAACGAAUGGGCUGCACUUCGUCGCCGUUAUGAGUGGGAUGAUUCAUAUGAUGAGGAUAGUAUUGCUCCUAGAGAUAUGGAUUUAGAGCAAGAGUUGUUUGGAGAAGAAAAUCAUGUGAACACCGGAAUAAAUUUUUCUAAAUAUGACAACAUCAAAGUAAGCGUAAACAGUUCCGGUGGAAAUCAAGUAAAGCAUAUACGUACGGUAAUUAUUGAGCGAAACAUUGAAACAAUUUCGUGUUUGAUGUCUCGGAAGCGUUGUAAUGAAGAACUCAUUUUUCAGUUCGAGGAAGCAAAUCUUCAUGAAAUUAUGAAGGAAAACAUUAAAUUAGCCAAAUAUACAGUACCGACACCGGUACAGAAAUAUUCAAUUCCGAUCAUCACGGAUAAAAAUGAUCUUAUGGCAUGCGCACAAACCGGGUCGGGCAAGACGGCAGCAUUUCUUAUACCGGUGUUAUCACAUCUUUUCGGAAAGGGGAAAAGGUUUGGGUCCUCUAGACCACAACCUGGUCAACGUAAGAUGAAAUCAGAGCCUUUCGUCUUAAUACUGGCGCCCACGCGUGAAUUGGCGACUCAAAUUUUUGACGAAUGCCUGUACGGUGGAGCAGACGCGGCUCCACAAAAAAGUGAGUUGGCAAAAGGCUGUGACGUGCUAACUGCGACACCGGGUCGACUAAAUGAUUUUUUGGAGAGGGGUAUUGUUAGUCUUCGAAGAGUCAAGUUUCUUGUGCUCGAUGAGGCAGAUCGAAUGUUGGAGAUGGGUUUCGAGGAUGAUAUUAGGAAAAUUGUGCAGAAGUCGGAUCUUCUGGAUGACGUUGGCCGUGUUGGUGGCACCACAAGUGAUAUCACCCAGAAGAUAAAGUAUGUUGAAGACAAAGAAAAAAGAAAUCAACUUGUUGAAUUGCUUUUGCAACAACCUCCUUCUCGGACGGUGAUCUUCGUUAGUUCGAAACGUGGUGCGGACUCCCUUGAUGAUUUUCUUUAUAAUCAAGGAUUUCCCAGCACGAGUAUUCAUGGUGAUCGCAGCCAAAGAGAGAGGGAGGAUGCGCUAAUUUCUUUCAAGAAUGGUAAAUCUCCAAUUUUAGUUGCUACGGCCGUCGCAGCUCGGGGGCUCGAUAUAAAAAACGUAAUGCACGUUAUCAAUUAUGAUUUGUGCGACGAAAUAGACGAAUAUGUCCAUAGAAUCGGCAGGACUGCGCGUGUGGGAAAUAAGGGAUUGGCGACUAGUUUUUAUAACGAAAAAAACUCGAAUAUUGCUAGCGACCUGGUGAAAAUCCUUUUGGAAUGUAAUCAGGACAUUCCAGACUUUUUAAAACAAUAUUCCAAUGACAUAUUAUAUGACGAAGAUGACGAACGCGAAAUGGAGAGAGAGAGCCACAUAGGAGGAUCUAGUACUCGGGGUGAUCAAAAUCAAAACCCUUCCUGGAAUGCCACGCAAAUUCGGCCUCAAUGGGAUCAGCAGUUACCUUCAAAGGGGGCAUAUCAAGAUCUGAUGGUAUCUAAUGUCCUUGUUUGUAUCCUUCUUCUGGAAGUUGACGUCGGAAUGGCGGCCGACGUGGGGACGCUGCAACGUUUGCCUAGAAUUGUGGGUAAUGAUAGCCUUGCCCGCGAAUUAUGUCUCACAGGACGCAAGUGCUUUGCCGUUGAAGCACUUAAUUUUGGUCUGGUCAACAAAGUUCUAGAAACAAAGGAGGAGGCUUUGACCGAAGCUAUCAAGACGGCAGAAAUUAUUGCGUCCAAGUCACCUGUUGCGACGCUCGGAACGAAGCAUCUCUUAAAUUAUUCUCGCGAUCAUUCCAUCCGAGAGGGACUCGAGUAUACUGCAGUAUGGAAUGGGGCGAUGCUCAAUAGCAAGGAUCUUGUUGAAGCUAUUAAUGCUUCCAUUAAAAAAGAGAAACCAACCUUUUCCAAGUUAUGA